AUGGAACAUAAGUUUAAGUUUUCCUAUUCUUGAAAAUCAAAAUUAUUUUCCUCUGUUUUUUGGUACCCUUUAUUUUAGCUAAUGUGACAGAUAUUUGAGAUCAGAAUUUUCUGGAUUGGCGGCCUAAAUUCAUGGAAAUUUAUUUGAUUAAUUAUUUUUAUUAACUGUACAGGUUUUUUUUUUUUAACUGAAAGCUUGAACAAUUAUAGAGGGAAUUUUCAAAGAGAUUUGCAGAUUUUAUUACUCUAUCUUCUAUAAGUAGUUGAUGGCAUCACCAGACUUGCAUACCUCUUGGCUAUCAUCAACUGUUGAAUCUUUUGGUGGAUCCUUUAACAUACGCAUAGAAGGAGAAGGCUCAACUGACAUUGUCGAAUUUCUUGAAGAUCAAACGUCUCCUGUUUGUAAUCUACCUCUUAGUAUUCCCGAACCCCCUCCACUUCCUGGUAAAAUCCAUUCAAGAGCCCUUGCUAAUUCUGAUUGUGUCCCAAAAGAAACAAAAGAUACAUGGGACAGGCUCUUCAAAGAAGGAUUUGAAGCUGAUGUACAUGUAAUUACAGAGGAUGGAUCAGUUAUUCCAGCUCAUUAUACCCUUCUGACUGUUGCAUCUCCAGUGCUGGGGAAUCUUCUGCAGCAAUCCAAAGUAAGCAAUGGUAUUAAAUGCAUAAAGAUCGUGGGGGUAUCUCAUGGUGCGGUCUAUGUAUUCAUCCGUUUCCUCUACUCAGCCUGUUACGAUGAAGGAGAUGUGAAGAAGUUUGUUCUUCAUCUGUUGGUCUUAUCACAUUUCUAUUCAGUACCUUCACUUAAAAGAGUGUGCAUAAACCAUUUGGAACAGGGUUGGUUGACCUUGGAUAACGUGAUAGAUGUGCUUCAGUUGGCGAGGGACUGUGAUGCACCACGGCUUGCUCUCUUUUGCAUUCGUAUGGUUGUGGGGAACUUCAAGAGCAUAUCAUCCACUGAGGGUUGGAAAGUAAUGAGACGUGCUAAUCCUGCACUUGAACAGGAACUUCUAGAAUUUGUUGUUGAAGCAGAUACGAGAAAACAAGAUAGGCUGAAGACAAUUGAAGAGAAAAAGGUGUAUUUGCAACUUCAUGAAGCUAUGGAAGCUCUGGUUCACAUUUGCAGGGAUGGGUGUCAAACUAUUGGACCUCGUGACAAGGUACUUAAAACAAGCCACGUGGCCUGUAGUUUUUCUGCAUGCAAGGGGCUGGAGUCUCUGGUCCGUCAUUUCUCUAGUUGCAAAAUUAAAGUUCCUGGUGGAUGUGUACAUUGCAAGCGAAUGUGGCAGAUGUUUGAGCUACAUUCACGCAUUUGCGAAGAACCUGACCAUUGCAAAGUUCCUCUUUGUAGGGCAAGUAAGUGGAAAUUUUAAAACAGACCAGCAUUUCAAACUAUUGUCACGUGUUCACUCAGCAGGGCAAAAUAUAUGAGUCCACCACACGAGUCAGGGGAUCAGGUCCCUUGACACAGUCAGUCAACAGAAUGCUCAAGUUAAGUGCAGAAGGUAAAACGACACACAAUGUUUACGUGGAAAACCUCCUUACUCAAGGAAGGAAAAACCACGACUUGACCCUCAGGAUUUAGCUGCCAAUCUUCACUAAGGUACAAGAGCAAAGUAAACUAUUACAACCUAUUGUACCUAGUUACUAACCCUCUUCACCCCUUUGCUUGCAACACCACUAUUACAAGCCUCAAGCCUAAGCAAUGUCACUAUUGCCCACUACACCACUGCCUUUCAAUGAUGUAGACUUUUCAAACACACUCCAAAACUAACUCUAGCAAUGAAGUCACAGUAAAACAAUACAUCUGCAAAUAAUCAAGAUUCUUUUAUACAUCAGGAACUGAUUUUACAAUAUUACACAUAAGACUCAAACUACAACACAGCUACAACGAAGAGUAUCUUUAGCAGCUCUAUCAGGUCCCGUGCAGCUUUUGUUGAAGUUCUUCUUUUCUUGAGAGAGCACCAACACACGUUUUUGAUUGUCAAAUUUUGGAGAGAAAAACUUACUCACUUUGUUGUCCAAGGUUUGAGUAUAUACCUUGGAGAUCCACAACCUAGGACACAUUUGAUUGGCUUCAGGUCUGCUGUCUCUGUUGGUUCUACCAACCACAGCAGAGGAUGGCAGCUUUACAGCUAGCUAGUCUGCAACUUGACUUGCUCAUGGGACCAGGUCGACCAGGUCCGUGUAUCAUGUUCUAUAGUUUGUUGAUCAUCAAAACUAAAUAACACUACCUUUGGAGCAUCUAGCUGAAGUUGGGUCAUGAAAGCUGAAAAGUCAAAAACUUUCAAUAUAUAAACGUCUAACCCUACUCAAUUUUAUAAAAAGAGAAGCCCGUGUAGCCCUACUCAUAUUGGCAGUCUAUCCAAAAAAAGAAACACCAAGUUGCUAUUCACAGUACCGUAUCUAGUUUAAGAUGGACAAAUGAGUGUUACAAGAUGCAUGGUAUGCAUAUAUUUAGCUGUUGAACAUUUUUGUAAAACUCAUUGAACCCUCAAGAAUCAGCACAAAAUUAUAAAGGACGUGUGUUGCUUGGAAUUGUAGUGAUUCUCAGAUUGAAAACCAAAAUCCUGUAAAUGGUGGUCAACUAUUUUCCUUCCGUUUGUAUCUUCCCCUUCAGUCAUCCACUGAUUCCACCAUUAACAAACGUCAAUUUUAUUG